UCUGAACUGCCACCAUCACUUCUAAUAGCUCACUUGUCGGCUACGCUGUUAUUCACGCAUGAUGAGCUCGAAACGCCCCUUCGACGGCUCUGGGGAUAUUAGUUCGUCAAAAAAGUUCAAAAGUGAUGCCACGCCCUCCAAUGGACCUGGUUCCUCUCCAGCGAUCUCCGCCGAGGCGCUCAUUACGCAGAAGAAGGCAGAAAUUGCCGCGAAGAUUGCUGCAAUGAAGAAGAAUGCCCCAGCAGCGAUGACCGCGCCGCCGGCUGCGGUUGCAAGCCCUGUGAUGGCAUCGCCAACAGCGGGAUCACCUGCUCCGUCGGUGCCGAGCGAUCUUGCUCGUCGGGUCGCUGAGGCAAAGAGGCGUGUGGCGGAGGCGCAGAGUAAGCUGGCGGUCAAGGACAACCCGUACAUGUCGCUUUCGCAGACAGGAAAGAGGAAUCGACCCCCUGAGCCUGCUCAACAAGGAGCGGGUCUCAAGAUGGCCGCUCACCCUUUGUUGCUCGACAACACCCCUACGGCCCCCCAAUCCAAGAAGGAUAGGUACAAGCCGAUGCAGCCCAAAUUUGCGUCUAUCAAGGCGAACGUCCGCAAUGCUCCGACACCGCCACCGCCACCUGUUCCAGCUGUCCCGAUCGAGUCGAAGGCUAACCCAUACGCGUCAGGAGCUGCCGCCGUUCCUGAUAGCGGAUUCGAAGGAGCUCCAAAAGAGCGUGUCGGCAGGAGCUUGAGAUUCAACCCGAAAGGAAAAUACGUCCAGAUCGCGAACCAGGUGCGGCAGGAAGCUCAGCUGGAGCAACUCAAGCAGAGGAUUGCCGAGAGCGCAAAGAAAGCGGGGUUGGACGCGGAGUUCGAGACACUCGAGAAGAACAUCAGGCGAGAGCCUCCUCCUGCAGCAGAGUGGUGGGAUGCUGCACUGCUGCCGAACAAGACUUACGAUGACCUCGUGCUCGGAGUGGCGCAAAUGAACAUCCGCACCAACAAUUCGCCGAUCACCAUGUAUGUUCAGCACCCGAUACCUAUUCCUGCUCCUGGAGACAAGAACAAGCUGGCUAUGAAGCCCUUGAAGCUCAUUAAGAAGGAGCAAAAGAAGAUGAGGAAGCAGCGCCGCCAGGCAGAGCUUCAGGAUAAAAGAGACCGUAUUCGUAUGGGUCUGAUCCCUCCAGAUGCGCCGAAGGUUCGUCUUGCCAACCUCAUGAAGGUCUUGACGUCGGAUGCCGUCCAAGACCCCACUCGCGUGGAAGCGAGGAUUAGAAGAGAGGUGGCCAUGCGAAAGCAUGCACACGAGAAGAUGAAUGCCGAGCGGAAGUUGACAGACGAGCAACGGAAGGAGAAGAUCGAGAAUAAGAAGGCCGAAGAGGAGAAGAAGGGUAUAUACGGUGCCGUGUUCAAGGUCAAGACACUUUCCGAUCCUGCUCACAGGUUCAAAGUGCGCAAAAACGCCGAGCAGAUGAGCCUUACGGGCGUGUGCAUCUUCAACCCUGCAUUCAGCAUGGUCUACAUAGAGGGAGCAUCCAAGUUCAUCCGGCAAUACAAGAAACUGAUGCUACGCCGCAUCGCGUGGACGGAAGCCGCACGCGAGCGUGGCGGCGAGGAAGUUGAGAUCGAGGGGGGCGACGAGGAGGCCGGGCCCGCAGACAAGGGCAAAGGCAGGCAGGUGGAUGGCGAGGAGGGAGCGGUGUCGCUUGAGCACAACCAGUGCUGGCUGAUCUGGGAGGGCCAGCUGAGGGAUCGGGCGUUCAGUAAUUUUAAGCCGAAGAGCUGCCCAACGGAUGCGGCUGCGAAGGAGGUGCUGGGCCAGAAGUUGGCUGGCUAUUGGGACCAGGCGAAGAAUUGGAAGCCCGAGGAGGAGGAGCUGUUCUGAGGUCUGCUAGUAGAUCUAUAUCGAGUGCUUGCGAUUGAGACCUGUGUAAUUGUGACAUCUGUCUGCUAGUACUGUUUUUCUGUAAAAUGAUGAGUUGAGCCUCCCGUGGCACAGAAUUCGCGU